AUGACGCACAUCGCAACCCAAAAGAAAGAACCUGAGGGGAUAUCAUUAGAGAUGUUAAAUCCCGGCGCCCGACCGUGGUACCCAUCAUGUGAUGGGGCGCUUGGUGUGCAUGUGCCGCCAGUGCGUCGGCAGAAUGAUCCGUACCAAUUUACCGCUGUGCAUCGGCCGCCCACACCGCUCUGCGGUGACAUGGAUCUCAAUACCAUCCAGCUCGAUGCACUCGGCAGCGCCGUGGCUCCCGCGACUCCUGCACCCGCGGCGCCAUUGAGGAAAGGACCAUAUCGCAGCACAAUGCUUCUGGAACAAGACGUUACUGCGAUCUUUGAUUUGUGCAGGAAGAAGCAGCCGUGGAAUAAAAACGGAUGGAUGCCGGGCUCUGGAACGCUGCGCGUUAGCUCAGGCACACUCUCGUCGCUGGAGUCACAGGGCGACUCACAGGAAAUCCUCUUGACACAGGAGGAGACGUGUUGCAGAGCGGCAUCCCGCACAGUGACGCCCAAAGUAUCCAUUCCUCUUCCCCGUUCUCAACGGAUUGCCGAGCUUCGCCCAAACAAAAUUGCUGUUCCGAGGGUUUUCACCCCUUCGGAUCCGCCAACGGCGUUAGCGACAGCAAAUGCAAAUAAAACACCGACAACACCAGCAAAGCAUAUUAUCACCAAUAACGUGAUCAAACCCACCACAGUGACUUCGAAUAUGGAUGAAAAUAAUAAAAAUAAUACGGAUAAUAAGCGCCCUGCAUUCAAAAAGGAUGCUAUUUAUGAUUCUGAUGAUGAUGAUGAUGAUGGGGCCGAAAAUCAUGAAAACGAGAAUAAUACCCAAAUCAGUUCUAAUGAAGCCGUUCAAAACAGGAUACAGGAGGAGGGUUCAAAGCCGCAGCCGCCGUUUUCUCCACUGUCGGGAUCUGUUACUUUUACAAAGAAGUCUAAACCAAAGACAAAGCGUGAUGAGAAGUGGACGAUUGUGCAGGGGAAAGCAGGCACCGAUUCCGCCGGGGCGGCGGUGGUGGCAUCACUGAAGAAGUCUGCGUCAUUGACAAUUCCUGGGAAGGUGCGGGAGAAUGGGGCCGUCGUACGACUUCCAGGCUGGCAAACAGCGGAGAAAGGAAAGAGCAAACAGUGCCAACAACAACAACAGCAGCAGCAGCAGCAUAGGGAGAAGGAGGAUGGGGACGCCGGAAAAGAUGAGGUGAUCAUUGAGGCAAAGACAAAACGUUCACGGGAUUCACGUCGCACGAAGGGGGAGAGCAGCGAUGAAGAAUUACUGGAGGGUCUUUUGAUUGGCGUGGCGCCUUCUGCCACAACAGUUGGUGCCACUGCAGCAGCGACAGCAGCAUCCACCAAUCAAGGUGCUCUUUCCACCGCUAGCGAAGGACCCCCUGCAGCAUUUGCUAUUAUGGGAGUUCCGCUUGCUAGCAUCACGCAGAGUGAGCAACUUUUGCCUUCGUCACAGGUGAGCAUGCGACAAAAGAAUGCCCACCGAAAUUUCCUUCGCUCUUUGACCGUAUCCGAGGCGUCAAAUGUCAAGACGCUCUUGUUGCAGCGUGCGCUGCGACUUUUACCUGAGUCCAGCUACCACCAGUGCCCAGGAUUGGUCUGUGCGAUCCUUCUCGAGACGGGUGAUAGCUGCGUUGACGUGGAAAAGAGCCUGCAGACUUGUUACAAGGCUCUUCAUCUCGCGGAGAAACAAAAGCUUGACCUGUUUGAAAUGCUGUCCCGUCUCGCUAUUACGCGUACCUUUGCCCGUGUCAUUGACACCAUGGAUGCACGCGUCAACCUGACACGUGCGGCAACGAUUGCUAUCGCCAAGAAUGAAAAGGCUGCGCUUGGCUGGAUCGCGAUGCAAAUGGGCGUGACACUCGAAAUUACUGGCCUGUUUCCCGAGUCCCUUGCCUGGUACGAGGUGGCGGAUCGUCUUGCUCGAGCCACCGAGCAGCCUCAAUUGCUUUGCGAUAUUUAUUGCUGUCAGAGCAUUGCCUUCUCGGCAAUUGGUGAGCUGGAACGGGCACAGCAGGCCUACGAAUCAUCGCGUGCACUUCUUCCACUUAUUCCGCGUCAUCGUCACCAACGACCACUGCAGAACUAUGCCCAGCUGAAAUGCCAGCUGGGUGAUAUGUUGUCUGCUUUGAGUUUGCAGGAGACCGAGCUCGAGAUUGCCAAGGAAUUGGAGACACACGCGCGACAUCGCGUUGCAUGGGUGCCAUUGCCUGACGAAA